GAUGGUAUUAAGAUUGGGAAAACGACGACUUUUAGUUUGGUUUUUCCCACCGCAACAAAUAUAAUAAUAAUAAUAAUAUAAUUCGGUGGCCAGUCUAGGCUUAAACAAUGAUAUUUUAGAAGUGCUACAGCGUGUCCCGCCCACCACGACAUUGCGGAGGAGUGUUGACGGACGACGCAUGCGCGUUGGCCUCAGUCAUGUUGCCGGGAAUCGCUAAACCGCUUCAACGGCUACAUAAACCUCACGCCGCAUCUUCAAUUUACGCGUAUGUCAAUCGCAGGAGCAAUUUGACGGACAGCCGUUACCAUGAAGAACUCUACCCCGGUCACAUCCCCACCUCUCCGAUUCAGAAGGCCUUGCUGGCGGCGGGCUCGGGCGUCGCCGCACUGCGGGACCCCUACAGGCACGACAUGGUCGCAGUACUCGGAGAGGCGACGGGCCACCUGGCUUUGGUGAACCUCAGAGAGCGCAUGAGGAACGACCCAGAGGGAUACGUGAUUCUCACGGAGAGGCCCAGGAUCCGCCUGUCCACGCUCGAUUUGCAAAAGAUGGCUUCGUUACCCGAGGGAUCCUUUGGUCGGGAAUACCUCAGGUUCUUGGAAGACAAUCACGUGACGCCCGACUCAAGGGCCGACGUGAAGUUCGUGGACGACGAGGAGCUGGCCUUCGUCAUGCAGAGAUACCGAGAGGUCCAUGACCUGCUGCACACAUUGCUGGGAAUGCCCACAAACAUGCUCGGUGAGGUGGCGGUGAAAUGGUUCGAAGCCACCCAGACCGGCCUCCCCAUGUGCGCCCUUGGAGCUCUGUUGGGGCCCCUUCGGCUCAACGCCAGCCGUCUGCAGUCGCUGGUCACAUCUUUGGGCCCGUGGGCGCUGCGAAACGGCCGGCAGGCCCGUUGCGUCCUCAGCGUCUUUUACGAGAGGCGAUGGGAGCAGAGCCUGGAGGACCUCAGGCGGGAACUCAACAUCCAGCCGCCCCCGUAGAUCCCCACAUAGCAUUCGUAAUGAUGGAAUCAUGUGAUAUUAUUGUGUGUGCGUGUGGCCAAGAGUUCAAUGUAUAUAUAUAUUUUAUAUUAAUUGAAUAAAUGAAAAAAUUCCCUGUUUUAUGAGAAGUAAAUAAGCCUUAUUUUUGUCGUUAAUAUGAUAAAACGCUGACCCCUUGUGGCAGGUUAUAUGAAUAAAAUGUGAAUUUGGGGGGCACGGCGUAGCAAAUGGUUUGAGCGUUGGCCUCACAACUUUGAGGACUGGGUUUCAAAUCCCAGCUCUGCCCGUGUGGGUUUUCUCCGGGUUCCUCCCACAUCCCAAAAAGAUGCAUUAAUUAGAAACGCUAAAUUUACUUUAGAUGUUAUUGUGAGUGCGACUGUUGUCUUGUCUCCAUGUACCCUGUGAUUGGCUGGCAACCAGUUCAGGGUGUACUCCACCUCCUCCCCGAUGACAGCUGGGAAAGGUUCCAGCGCUCCUGCGACACUUGUGAUGAUAAGCGGUUUAGAAAAUGGAUGGAUUAUAUGAAUUUUUCACAAUUUUACAUUUCCCAUGUGUCUCAAUACCACGUCUGUCCAAUUUUGUGGUCAAAUUGCAUACUCUUUCUUUCUGGCUGAUAUUUGUCUGUUAGAGGCGGCCGCCCUGUCUCACCCAAACGAGCCGCUGGUCACCCUGCCUCAUAAAGUGCUCGGUCAAUGCUUUGGGAAAAAAAAAACUACGCCUAACGUCAUGUCCUCGUCUCGGAGUCCUGCAUUCGGGUCCAUCCCCGCACCAGAGACACAGCGAACGCCGGCAGCAAGGGGGCGCAAAAACGAUGCGUUACACAGUGCAAGACGGCGGCGGACUCAGGCUCAUAAAAGAGCAGAGUCUGACUAG